ACAGUCUCCAAAGAAAAGUAUUUAUUAAUGAUAUCUUUAAAUUCGAAUAUCUUGAUGAAUAAUUGUUUGUGUAUGUCCUUUUUCAGCCUACACGAUAGAAAAGUGAAAGAUGCUCAGAUGCGGGCAACAAUAAACUCCAAGCUGGUGGAAACUGGUGAACGAGAAAGGUUGAAGGAGCUACUCAGGACCCGUCUAGUGGAGUGUGGCUGGAGAGACCAACUCAAACAGCACUGCAAAGAAGUGGUGCGACAAAAAGGACUGGAGCAUAUCACAGUGGACGACUUGGUGGCAGAAAUCACUCCAAAAGGCAGAGCCUUGGUACCAGACAUGGUAAAGAAAGAGCUACUGCAAAGAAUCCGGACAUUUCUGGCACAACAAAGUUGAUGAUAUGUCUCACUACAACUACUACUCACAACUGGGCAAAGGGUUGCACACCAUCAUUCUUCAAACACCUGCAUGAAAUACAUCAACACUUAAUGCACUUUUAUGACAAUUAAAGACUCACUAUGUCUUAUAUACACUCAUGAGUGUAGUGUAUAUAGUUUGAAGUUUUGUUUCUAUUGUGAAAAAUUGUAUCUGGUAUAAGUUCUACAAAUCAUCAAGAUUUAAUUUGUUACAGAUGUCUAUUUUUUAUAAAUUGAGUUGAAAUUGCAAUCUUAUUAUUUUGAAAACUUAAAACACAGUUUGAUCUGGGGUCGAUAUUUAUGUGAUAAUUAUUAUUGUUUCUUAGUAAUUGUUUUACUCAAGCAUCAAACUUCUAAUUUUGAUUCUUUGACUACCAUUAUGCCAAAUAUACAAUUCUGUGUUUGUGUUAGUAUUGUUAAUAAAUGCACAUCAAAUUUGUAUAAGUAUUGUUUCUCCUUUACUAUAUUAUUAAACCCGUUGUCAUAUUAAAUCUUUUCUGAACAUAAAUUAUUUCACAAAAGUCUAAGUUAUUUGUAGUGUUUGCAGUCUUAUGAUUAUUUCCAUGUAAUUGGUGUGGAAAUGUUGAAAGAUUGUUCAUAUUACAUUUAAGUCAUAUUAAAAACUAUAGGGGAGUAAUUGUCUACUAUCACUCAUGAUUUGCAAAUCAUAUGUGUCUGUCGUGUUUUUGUAAUACAAUUAAGCAAUUUG